UCCCCGCCGCAGGGGGCGGCGGGCGCGGCCGCGGUGGGCUGUGCGGUGCCCCGCCGGAGCCGGGGUGUCGUGUGAUGGCUCGGGGUCGGCGUGGUUGGUCAUGGCGACGUUCCUGUCCGACGUAGGCGCCCGGCCGCGGCCGUGCGAAGCCAGCGCCGCAGAACGCAGGAAGUGGGUGGAAGUAUUUAAAGCAUGUGACGAAGACAACAAAGGCUACCUAAGCCGAGAGGACUUUAAGGUUGCGAUAGUAAUGCUGUUUGGGUACAAACCCUCCAAGAUAGAAGCGGAUUCUAUGAUGUCUUCAGUAAAUCCCAACACUUCUGGUAUAUCACUUGAGGGGUUUUUAAAUGUCGUAAAGAGAAAGAAGGAAGCCCAGCUCUAUCGGAAUGAGAUAAGGCACAUCUUCACAGCUUUCGACGUGCACUAUCAUGGAUUUCUGACUCUAGAAGAUUUCAAGAGGGCGUUUAGCCGCGUGGCUGCCAAGCUCCCGGAGAGGACAGUGCUGGAAGUGUUCAGGGAGGCGGAUCAAGAUUCAGAUGGUCAUGUCAGCUUCCGAGACUUUGAGUACGCCAUGAACUACGGACAGGCAAAAUGAAGCCGGAAGCCUGUUGAACCACUUUUGGCCGCCCUGGACAGCUCAGUGAAUUGUAAUCUAGUUGAAGGUCACACAGAUCUUACUCUAGGAAGAGGGAAUGAUUCUGUGUACUUGUGAGUAAACUCUUAAUUACAGUUCUUGAAUGCUGAGAUUGGACUAGAGGUGGGAAUCUACUGAGUCAGGCCACUAUUGCUGGCCCUGCUGCCCGGCAGUUUGUUUUUUAUUGUGCUUGUUUGUUUGGUUUGGUUUUUUGGUUUGUUUUGUUUUUUUUCCACCCUUGUCAGCUCUAUAUCCUCCAUACUGUGAGUUGGAGUCUUUGCUCACUCGGCUUGGGUCCCUAGCCCUUCAUCAGCUCCAGCGAGGGUUAACUUUGUUCUGCUAGUGGUGUCACUGUCCAUCAUUUGCUCACCUUUGGUUGAAUGUCAAGUUUAGGGUGGUACAAAAAUGAGCAAGUGCCAGGAAAACAAAGACUUCUCCUAGAUAAUUGUCACGCGCAGCCCUCGCCGAUAAGGACGACGCAGCAACAACGGAUUUGUCCAGCAGCAACUUUAUUGUGAGGCUCUUAACAGCAGAUGGAGAAGGACCCCGAACCCUGUGUGCGUUCUGCUUAAGUAGCCAGCAGGGUGACUUGUUCGUCUGUAAUUGGUGCUCCACACAAAACCCAAUUAGCAUGUGGUCUCCAAAUGGAGGACCACACAAGCCUACAUUAGCAUAAGGCGGCGCAUGCGCAGAUCGCAAAACAAUGCUGGCAAGAAGAACCAGGAAGCAGGAAACCGGCGCCAUCUUGUAAUGGCGGGAGUGGCUCCCGACAGAUAAUGUCCCUGGAGUGCAAAUCAGUGCACAGGCACUGGCUGUACAAAACACAGGAAGCAACUUGGACUAGGCAGCCAGUCCUUCUUUAUACAGAGAAAGCCAAAAUACAGUUGGGGUCCUAAUGGGCAAAUGGGAGUGAUUUGGGGCCCCUCUAGGAUAGCCUGGGCCUGGGCUUCCUACUUCAGAGAAGCUAGCCCUGAGCUGGCCAGCAACGCUCUGCUGCCUCUGCUGCAGGUUCUAGGGACCCAUGCUGUUCACCUGACGCUUCGGCUAUCCUGAAGUGUUAGGAUCGCCACAUCCCACCGUGCCCCUGUGCUCCAGUGACUGCUCUGCUGGACCAAAUCGAAACCCUGACCAUAUAACAUAACAUCUAUUAAAAAAUAAUCCUGAAAUACUGAUAUUGUCAUUGUAAGUGUUCGGAAUUCACAUUAACAUUUGUAAAAAAAAAUAUUUAAUGUAAAUUAAGUUUUUAAAGUGUUAAACAUUAAAAG